GCAGAUAAUUACAAGAAGAAUUUGUACACACACACACAUACAAAAUGGUAACUAUUGGUGUUCCUGUGUGAUUUUGGAAGCCCAUCACUCUGUUUUCAUUUUACUUUGGUGUAAAAAUGGAAGCUUUUGAGGCUGCAAAAGUUGUAUACAACAGAAUACUAGAAACAGAAUCAGAAACUAUAACCCGAAAAAUAAUCGGUUACAUAUACUUACUAGACCAUGCUGACCGCGAAAUGAUUCGUCUUGCUUUUGGCCCGGAUAAUCUAAUCCAAACCCUGAUACAAAAAGCUAAAAUAGAACUAAACUUAGGCCCAAAACCCGUUCCUUCACCUCCUAUAUCACCAUCCCUUCAACCUGGCCCGAUAUUUCAAUCACACAGACCAUUUUCGACGCCUUCAGCUUUGCAGAUCCCCCAUCCAAUGCCACUACAAUAUCAUGAUAAUUUCAUAGGUUUAGGCGAUCAGUUUGACCCGUUUAGUCGAGAUAUGACUAGUUUUCCUGAGAAUGGUUAUUCCCCUGAUGGAAGUUUUGGUCUUAGAGGAAGAAAGGGUGGAAACUCAACAAAGAUAUGUCAUUAUUUCAGUAGAGGGCAUUGUAAACAUGGGAGUUAUUGUAAGUUCCUUCAUGCGCAAUCCAUGUCUGACUUUAACUUGACUGAGUUUAUUGAAGAUCAAGCUGCAUUCUCACCUGGUUCACUUGAAAAACUUGAGUUUGAAAUCACUGAAAUCUUGAAAUCAAGAAGGGGUAAUCCAAUCUCAAUUGCUUCAUUGCCUAUGAUUUAUUAUGAACGAUAUGGAAGGACCCUUCAAGCUGAAGGUUACCUAACUGAGAGUCAAAGACAUGGUAAAGCUGGUUAUAGUUUGACUAAGCUUCUGGCUCGAUUGAGAAACAGUAUUCGGCUCAUAGACAGUUGCAGACCUCAUGGGCAACAUGCAGUAGUUUUGGCUGAGGAUGCAUCAAGGUACAUGGAAAACCGCUUUGAGCGCAAUAGUACAAGUCCGGGCCCUAUUGUUAGUGGUUCGAAGCAGAUUUAUUUGACAUUUCCAGCUGAAAGCACAUUUAGUGAAGAUGACGUGGCUGACUACUUUGGUAACUUUGGUCCAGUUCAAGAUGUGAGAAUUCCUUGCCAACAAAAACGGAUGUUUGGAUUUGUAACUUUUCACAAUUAUGAGACGGUGCAAAUGGUUUUAUCAAAAGGGAACCCGCAUUAUGUUUGUGGUGCUCGUGUUCUUGUAAAACCUUAUAGAGAAAAGUGUAAACUAUUUGACAGAAAGUACUUUGAGAAACUAGAGGGGCCAAUCUAUGACCAUUCUCAGCAUCUGGACAUGGAUCUGGAUUUUCAAGCUAGAUUAGAGCCUUCUAGAAUGUUUGGUAGGCAACUAGUAGAUGAGCAUGAGUUAGCAAUACAACUAGAGAUGACGCGCCUUUCACAAGUACAAUUGACACGAGGACGUUCUUACAUUGAAAACACUUUUGAUGAUCAAAAAGAGUCUGAAGAUCAAGCCGAUAACUCCAAGUUUCAAUCUCCAAAGCACAUCACACAUCUUUUAGAUCAUGCGGACAUCAACUUUGCUGGUCAAGACAACGAAAGCAAUGAAGGUUUGGAUCUUCCGGAUAGCCCGUUUGCAAGCAAAUGUAGUUGAACUACCAAUAAAAGAAAGUGUUUAGAGUGAAGUGGCAAGUAAAUAAUAGCAGAUGGAAGAAAGAAAAAAAGGUGAAGAAAGAGUUUAAAGGAGUUUUUUUUUUUUAAAUAUAGUUUUGGUUUCGGUAAGCAAUGCGACAAGUAUAGUUUUUUAGUUGAUUAUAUGAAGGAGAUCAAUAGAUGAGAGAGAUUCAAAUGUGUUUUCUGAUGCUAACUUCUAUUCAAUGGUAGAUAAAAAGACUUGAAACUAAGACAACCAUAAUAUUGGUGGAUUAAAUUCCUUGUCUAUGAAUGAUUCUUAUGAGAAAUUAUAUAUUUUAGGUUACUUGAA